AUGGGUGUUCAUGGAGUCGUUGGAGUGAAAAUUGUAGCUAUUAAAAAGGUUGAAAUAUGGAAAGAGGGAGCGGCGGUGGAUGAGAUCUCGAAAUAUGGUUCGAAUUAUUUUGAUGUGGAGCAGAGAAAGGCAAAGAACAGGCUGCGAUGGGAUAGGUAA